CUGUGGCCGUCAGGUAUAAAAAGCAGGGGUCUCCAACAAGUAGGCAAGCAGCUCACCUCCAGCUUCAUCAUCAGCAGCAGUAGCAGAACUCCCCUCCAGCAACUCCUGGCAAAGAUGACCUCCAGUGGCAUGAACAUGAUGAGCAGGAUCGUCUUCUACGAGGACCGCAACUUCCAGGGCCGCUCCUACGAGUGCAUGAGCGACUGCCCGGACAUGUCCUCCUACCUGAGCCGCUGCCACUCCUGCCGGGUGGAGAGGGGCUGCUUCAUGGUCUACGACCGCACCAACUUCAUGGGCAACCAGUACUUCAUGAAGCGCGGCGAGUACGCCGACUACAUGAGCAUGAUGGGCAUGAGCGACAGCAUCCGCUCCUGCCGCAUGAUCCCCAUGUACCGGGGCUCCUACCGCAUGAGGAUCUACGAGAGGGAGAACUUCAUGGGCCAGAUGCACGAGAUGAUGGAGGACUGCGACAGCAUCAUGGACCGCUACAGCAUGUCCAACUUCAUGUCCUGCAACGUGAUGGAGGGCCACUGGCUGAUGUACGAGCAGCCCCACUACAGAGGCCGGAUGAUGUACAUGAGGCCCGGAGAGUACAGGAACUUCAUGAGCAUGGGCAUGGGCGGCAUGGGAGGCAUGGGAGGCAUGAGGUUCAUGAGCAUGAGGCGCAUCAUGGACUCCUACUACUAA